AUGAAUAAAGUCAAGCAACUGACCGGUGCGACAUGGAGGUGUGAGUGUUAUGGUGCGCCUUAUAUGAGGGAGAGAAGGGAGGCGAAGAAGAGAGCAAAGAAUAUGCAGUUGGGUACUAGUGCAAUACCCGAGCCUCCGACAAAGAAGAUAAGGAAGUCAAAGAAGUGUGAGUGUCUUGCAAUGUUAAGAGCUAGUAGGAAUGGGGAAGGUGAGUGGGUAGUAAGGCAUGUCGUAUUAGAACACUCUAACCACCAGCCAACUCCCAGCAAGUGGAGGGGAGUGAAAGAGUAUAGAAUGGCCCUUGUCACAGAUCAUUUCAAGGAAGAUUUACUAAUAAGAUUUGAUUCGGGUGCGCCGGUGUCACAGGUUAGGGAAAAUCUUGCGGAACGAUUGGGUGGCAUUGAAUAUGUUGUCUUAACUGAAAAAGACAUGUCACACAUCGUUCACAAAGAACGAAAAUUGAAAAUGGAAGGUGGGGAUGUGAAUGCAAUGAUGUCCUAUUUCGAGGGGUUGCAAAAGGACAAUGAUAAAUUCUUCCACGCCCACAGACUAGAUGAGGAAGGUCAUCUAAAGGAUAUUAUGUGGGUUGAUGCAAGGAAUCGUGUUGCCUUUAAGGACUUUGGGGAGGUCGUAUGCUUUGAUGCUACCUACCUCACCAACUCCUAUGAGCUCCCCUUUGCUAAUUUUGUCGGAGUGAAUCAUCAUGGUCACUCAUUGUUUCUUGGUUGUGCGCUGAUGUCCCAUGAAGAUUCAGAAAGCUUUACGUGGUUGUUUAGGCAGUGGCGCAUAUGCAUGGGUGGAAGAUGUCCCAUUGCAAUUUUAACUGAUCAGGCACCGGCUAUGAGACGUCCUUUGUUAGAAGUAAUGCCUGAAGCUCGACAUCGUUGGUAUGAAGAGUUGAAAGAUGUGAUGAAAGAGGUUGUGUAUGAGAGUCUAUGUGUAGAGGAGUUUGAGAGCAGAUGGUUGAGUAUGUUAGUUGAAUAUAAGGUUAAAGAUCAUGCUAAGAGUCAUGAGUGGCUGAGAGACAUGUAUAAGGAAAGAAAUAUGUGGGUGCCUGCAUAUAUGAACAACUAUUUUUGGGCUGGCAUGAAGACCACGCAACGGGUAGAGUCAAUAAACUCUUUUUUCGAUGGUUUUUUGGAGAAGAAGACUAAGUUGUAUGAGUUUCCAACAAAAUAUUGUGAUGCUAUGAAUAAAAGGUGUAGUGAUGAAAAACAUGCGGACAAUAAUUGUGCGAAAUAUAUCCGUAAACUUGUUACUGGUUUCCACGUUGAGAAGGUCUUCCAGAAGCUAUACACGGACAACAAGUUUAGAGAUGUCCAAAGAGAAUGA